AUGAUAAAUACAACUUCAAGUUUCUCAAUUGAUGAUCUACUUCGCGGACAUUCAAAUGAGAUUCAACGUAUUCUGAAGCUAGAUGAAUCGUCAACUAAUUCUCAAUCCAGUUCAGAUGAAAACUCUGAGAAACCAUCAAUGUCCAUGAUUUCUCUUCCGAUAUCGAGUGAUAUUGCUCCAAAUAUAGCCCCUGCUCUCUCUGAACAACUAUGGCUUGCUGCAGCUGCAUUCCCAAUCGAACACAGUCUUUUGUUGGCUCAACGCAAUGGAGUUUUCCCCGGUUUUUGGUCAACUGCCGAUCAGAUUCGAUUGUCAAAUGCAUCAAAAGCGUACAGAAGAUUAAGUUCCCGAAGGAAGGCUCGAACAGUGUUCAGUGAUCAACAACUUCAAGGGUUGGAGAGAAGAUUUGAGUCCCAGAGAUACCUGAGUACUCCUGAAAGAAUCGAGUUGGCAAAUGCAUUGAAUCUGAGUGAGACUCAAGUCAAAACAUGGUUUCAAAAUAGACGAAUGAAGCAUAAGAAAGUGGUGAGAAAGGAUGACAACAGUGUGGACGAUGGGCAUGAUAACGAAAGCGAAUGA